UUUGUUGGUAGAAAAAAAUCUAUUCUAUUUUUUUCAAACAAAAUUUUUUUUUUAUAAUAAUUCAGUUUAACUGAAAAUGGCGUCGCAUCCAUUUGGUCGUGUUUGUCGCACUUGUUUAAAACAUCCCAGAAAUAUGCAAAAAUUAAGCAAUUUAUUGGAAAAUGGGACGAAAAUCGAAGAUAUCCUUAAACAAACUAUACCCAAUUUCGAACUAAAAGUGCAGGGCAUGCCGCAGCCUGAAGAAAUAUGUAAAACUUGUCUUAAUAAAUUAAAAAAAUCCUAUGAUUUUGUACAAAUAUGCCAAAACAGCAAUAAGGAAUUGGAAAAUAUCUGGAAACUACAGGAGCAGGAAAGAUCCCAAGAAAACAUUACAGAGGAUGUUCCAGAUGUUAAGGUAAAAGAAGAGUUGUCCAGAACCUCUAAUAAAGGUCCCACAAAAGACAUUGAAAAACCAAAUGAAAGUGAUGCGGAAGACAAUAGCAGCUCGGAAUAUUCUUGGCCUAUUCUAGAAGAAUAUGGUGUUGAAAGUAGUUGCACUGAUAUAAGUUCCACACAAGCCUCUGAAGAUACAAAACUUGAAAUUGAAAAUUCAAAUGAGAACGAAGACACUAGCAGCUCGGAGGAUUCUUGGGCUUUUCAAGAUAAAAAUAAUAGCGAAAGCAGUAGCAGUGAAAAUGAUACAACAGCUUCACCACCAACUAAAAAAACCUUAUUAACUAAACAUUUGGCGAAUGAAUUUGCUUGUCAUAUGUGUAGCUAUCGUUUUUCUACCGAAAGAAAACUAAUGAACCACUUAAUUUGGAUACACAAAUUUAAAGCCAGUAAUUUACAUAAGGGACACUAUGACUGUGAAUACUGUUCCUUUAAAUUUUAUGAAAAAAUGGAAUGGGCCAAUCAUGACUGUAUGAAAAUAAAAGGAAAUCGAAAAUUGUGUAGCUUUUAUUUUGAUGCUUGGCCACGAAAGAAUCAAUUUAAUGAAGGACCCUUUAUAUGUAAAUAUUGUUCAUUAAAAUUUUAUGAAAAAUCGGAUUUGUAUGAUCAUGGUUGUUAUAUGAAAGCAAAAAAACAAAAGCGUCGGCUUUAAAAAUAAAAGCAAAAUAAACUCUUAAA